GCUGAGGAAGAGCACAGAAUCUCUCUAUCAGAUGGGGAUGUUUUGCGGGGGGCGCGUUGUGCGUUUUUAAAGAUGGACGAGCUCUUUAACCAAAGCGCAGCGCCGAACCAAAGUUCCGCUGGAGAUGACAAGUUCACAUUCGAGGACAUCGACGUGAGCGCGGACGGCUCUCCCAUCCUGAGGAUAUUCAUAUCGGUGGUGUACUCGGUGGUGUGCGCCGUCGGCUUGGUGGGGAACCUGCUCGUGUUUUUUCUCAUGAGGGUGCGGCAGGGUCGCAAAAGGUCCACUAUAAAUGUUUUCAUCACCAACUUGGCGGUGACGGACUUCCAGUUUGUCCUCACGCUGCCCUUCUGGGCCGUGGACACAGCGCUGGACUUCAGCUGGCCGUUUGGAGACGCCAUGUGCAAGAUCGUCCUGUCGGUCACCGUCAUGAACAUGUACGCCAGCGUCUUCUUCCUCACCGCCAUGAGCGUGACCCGCUACCUCUCCGUGGCUUCAGCCUUGAAGAAAAGGUCUUACAGAAGGUCACGGUGCGUCAAGUGGGUGUGCGCGGUGCUGUGGCUGGCCGCCACCGCAGCCACGGCUCCCACGGCUGUCUUCUCCACCGUGACGGUGGUCGCUGGAGAAAAGCUGUGCCUCCUGAGGUUUCCAGAGGGACACGACUGGCUGGCCCUUUACCACAUCCAGAAAAUAUUGAUUGCUUUCGUCAUCCCGAUGUUCGUCGUUUGUGUCAAUUACAUGAUGCUCCUGCGCUUCGUUAGGCGGAAAAGCAUGGAUGGCAGUAACCCCAAGCGGAGAUCCAGGGUCACCAAGUCUGUCGCUAUUGUCGUUUUGUCCUUCUUCUGCUGCUGGAUGCCAAACCAUGCCAUCACCUUCUGGGGCGUCUUGGUCAAAUUUAACGCGGCCAACUGGGACACGUCAUACUACACGGUGCACACGUACGUGUUCCCGGUCACGGUGUGUUUGGCACACACAAACAGCUGCUUGAACCCAGUCCUUUACUGCCUGAUGAGGCCGGAGAUCAGGAAGAUGCUGAGCGGCUUGUUUUGGAGAGUCUCCAGUCCCACUCAAAGCAAGGCUUGCGCGACGCGCUCCGUUACGCACAUAGAAACCCAGGGAAUGGUACCCCUCCAGAUCAUUGACAACACGGAGUACACGCUAUCCAUCAUAGACCGUAAAGGUGCAUCAAGUUCUAAGUCAAUCCCAUACAACCACUGAAUAAAAAAACCCUGCCUUUAUUUAUUUAUUUAUUUAUUUAUUUUUACUCCGUCAGCUGGCAUUGCUCGUGCGUAAUGUGUUCACAAGUCUGAAAAUCACAACAUUCUAUGUAUUACGAGUCACAUGGAAUGAUCAUUUCGUGUGAAAACUAUAAAACAUUUGACUCAUUCUGUGAUUUUUCUAUGAGACUAAUCUUUUCACUCUGUAGUGACAAAAGCAAAAAGAGACUGGGACAGGACGGAUCAGCCUGGCCACAUGGAGAAAGGCGAAUAUAUUCACUGUUGGACCCUAAAAUAUGACAAUGUUUUUUGCCAUAAUAUUCACCAUGUAAAGCCUGACUGUAAAUAAAUUGC